AUGUCAUCAUCUGUGUUUAUCUAUGGUGCCAGUGGUUACAUUGGGCUAGGUGUAGCUCUAGGUAUGCGUCGUGCUGGUUAUCGAGUCUAUGGAAUGAUUCGGAAUGAAAAACAUUCUGCUACACUUAUUCAAAAUGAAAUCGAACCUAUUGUAGCCUCGUCAUUCGAAGAUGCUGAAAAAAUUGCCGAUAUUUUAGCCUCAUGUUCGAUUAUCAUUGAUGCUGUUGGAUUCAAUGAAAAACUAUCGCCUAAAAUUUUAGAAGCAGCUCUUCGUACUGGAAAAAAACGAACAAACGACGGAAAAAUACCACAUUAUGCUCCAUUGUUCGUCUUCACAUCGGGCAUCAUGACUUAUGGUGAUACAUCUGCAACUGGUCGUCGUCCAGUCGAUGAAGUAAUCAAGCCACAAUCUCGACCAACAAAGCCUCGUCCCGGUGCUUCCGCAUCUGAUGUAACAAAUAUGAAGGAACGAGAAGACUUCGAAAAUCAAGUUUUGGCAAGUUCUUGUGCCUCACUUAAGACUACAGUCAUACGACCAGGCUUUGUCUAUGGUGGUCAAGGUGGUUUCGUGGCUGAUCUGUUCUAUAAUGAACCUUUAGUUAUCCAAGGACGAAGAGAUAUGCGUUGGAGCUGGGUUCAUGUCGAUGAUCUUGCCGAAGGUUAUGUUGCUUUAGUGAGGGCUCCUCGUAGCGUCGUUGAUGGAGAACUUUACAACCUUGCUGCUCCGAAUGAUAAUCCGACGUACGAAGAAUUACGAACAGCUAUGGCAAAAGCUCAGGGUCGAAAGGAAAAGAUUGAAUACAAAGCAGCCGAUGGUGAUACACCAUCGCGAUGGGAUACAGAUUCGAUUAUCAAUCCAGCCAAGGCUAUGAACGAACUAGGUUGGCGACCUAGACACGUUGGCUUUGUCGAAGAAAUCGAUACAUACUACAAGUCUUGGGCAGCUCACAAAGCUGCUCAAAGUGCAGCCAAAUAG